UGAUGAGUAAUUACAAUGCUACUAAAUAUUGGAUUCAUCACUCCACAUGCAAAAACACCUCUUGGCCCAACCCAACAUAUAAGUUUUGGUUUCAUCAGUUAGACUCUUCCAAGUUCAACCUCAACCCUCACCCUACUCGACCUCCGCAAGAACUCCCUUGCGAAAAUUCUCGAAACUCCGGCGAUAAUUUCACCGGAAAACCACUAGAAACCCACCACCGGCGCCGGAAUCGUUAAAAAAUGCCGCCAAAGCAGGCGUCGAAGGCCGAUCUGGCAAAAAAGCAGAAGGUAGUUGAAGAUAAGACCUUUGGUCUUAAGAACAAGAACAAGAGCAAAAACGUUCAGAAAUAUGUUCAAAGUCUUAAACAAUCUGUCCAACCUAAAACUGACCCUAAAAAGGAUGCUAAGAAAAAGAAGGAAGAUGAGAAGGCAAGGGAGAAGGAGUUGAGCGAUUUGUUUAAGAUUGCUGUUACCCAGCCAAAAGUUCCAGUUGGUGUUGAUCCAAAGUCUAUACUUUGCGAAUUUUUUAAGGCAGGGCAGUGUACAAAAGGUUUUAAGUGCAAAUUUUCACAUGAUUUAAAUGUGCAGAGGAAAGGAGAGAAGAUUGAUAUUUACUCAGAUAAGCGCGAUGAUGGAACUAUGGAGGAAUGGGAUUUAGAGACCUUAGAAAAAGCUAUUGCAGAGAAGAGUAAGGAAUACAAUCAGAACAAACCAACCGAUAUUGUAUGCAAACAUUUUCUGGAUGCAGUGGAGAAAAAACAAUAUGGUUGGUUCUGGUCAUGUCCAAAUGGUGGUAAAAACUGUCAUUACAGGCAUGCUCUACCUCCUGGUUAUGUUCUUAAAUCUCAAAUGAAGGCUCUGCUAGAGGAAGAGGCUGAUAAGAUGCCCAUUGAAGAAGAGAUUGAGGAGCAGCGGUCAAAGGUGAAGUCUACAACACCCAUGACUACAGAAUUGUUUUUACAAUGGAAGCAGAAAAAGACCGAUGAAAGAGCUGCUAAUAUGGCUUCACAGAGUGCAGAUAGAGCUAAGAAUGAUAGAAUGAGUGGACGAGAACUAUUUAUGACAAAUGCUAGCUUGUUUGUUGAUGAUGCUGGGGCAUGGGAUCAAUAUGAAAGGGAGGAAUCUGAAAAUAAUGAGCCAGAGGCAAAUGAGAAACCUCAGGAAGAGGUCCACGGCAGUUCAACUCAUGGCAGUCCUGAUGCCCCUGGCAGUUCAGGUGUAGCAAAUGGUGAUGAUGAUGACCUGGAUGACAUUGACGAUGACCUAGAUGAUGACGAGUUGGAGGAGCUGGAAGCUAGUUUGUCUAGAACAUCUAUCCAAAUAAAGGAGCCUGGCCCCAGUGCUUAAUCUCUAUAAGAAUUAUGCAGCCUGCACGAGUUUUGCGGUGUGUUUAAAAAGCAAUGAUGGAGGGAAAUUGAGGUAAAGGGGAGAGAGAGAAGGGGGGGGGGGAAAGGAAGGAGGGAGAAGUGGGCUUGAUUUCCCUCCAAAUUUUUCCAGCUGGGAAGAUUUGUUAAGAGGUAAAGGAAAUUUAAUCCUUUCCUCUUUUCUCCCUUCUCUUUCCCUAUUGUACAUCCAAAUAAAGCGUAAUGGAUCUAUAUCGCUCUCCCUCCUCUUUUCUUGUCAAAUCCUCUCCAAACACAUUGUAAAUGUGUGGGCUUUGCUUAAUGUUGGCAAUCACCUGACACCCCUGAUUUAGGUUUGUGCCUCAAGAUGGGGACGUUUUUAGUGUUACGAUUGUGUUUAGUGAUUGCUGAAUCAGGCCAGUUUAGUAUUUGAAAUAUAUGUUGUCAUUUGGAGUCUUGAAGAUUACUCCUAAUAGUUCUAUAAUCUAGUGUUUUUGAUACCUGAGUUCCAUUCUUGAGCUUGUUAACCAUUGAGCUUUGUACCAUGUUUAUUACCUGUCACUCUGUCAGGCUUCUUUGGCUUUUGUAACUUAUCAUUUGCACAUGAAUGCUUGAUAUAUUGUAGCUUCGGCACCGUUUUGUGUUUGUUGGAUGCCUAUAUACAAAAGACAUGGAAACAUUGGUACCCUUUCUUCAA